AUGACGAAUCUAAACAAGCUCAAAGUGGUCGUCAUUGGAAGCUCCAAAGUGGGCAAAUCAGCCGUCACGGUGCGUUAUCUCACGAAGCGUUACAUCGGCGAGUAUAGUUCCUCGCGGGAUUUUCUCUACCGACAUAGCGUCACCUAUGACAACAUAACAACCGAGGUGGAAAUCAUGGACACGUCGCGAUGUGAUAAACGCGGCUGCCUGUACGAACACCUGCGCUGGGGCGACGCGUUCGUCGUCGUCUACUCGAUCUGUGAUAAGGCGAGCUUCGAGGACGCGGCCGACUACCUUCAGCAGUUGACCAAACUGAAGCUUCCCUCCUACUAUACGCUGCUCCUACUGGGCAACAAGAGCGAUCUCGAUCAUGCGAGGGAAAUUUCGGUGAACGACGGGCAGGAGCUGUCGUUUCGGUAUUCAUGCCAAUUCUACGAGGUGUCGGCGGCGGAAAAUUUUGCCGGCGUGUCCCUCGCGUUCCACUCGCUCAUCCGGGAAGCGCGCUCGACGCAGCUCUUCCGGGCCCUACCACUGCGGCGGAAGUUGGGUGUGAACAGUGUCUCGAAGGCGCUCGGAAACAUUUUCGGCAAAAAUAGCAAAGGUGAACGAAAGAAACGACCAUCGCUCAGCAUUUGA